AUACACCCGAAAUCUUGUGGAUCAAGGAAAUGGAAAAUUUAACCUGAUGAUUCUCUGUUGGGGUGAAGGACAUGGCAGCAGUAUUCAUGACCACACGGACUCCCACUGCUUCCUGAAGAUGCUGCAGGGAAACCUGAAGGAGACGUUGUUUGCCUGGCCUGACAAAAAAGCCAAUGAGAUGACCAAGAAGUCCGAAAGAAUCUUGAGGGAAAACCAGUGUGCCUACAUCAACGAUUCUAUCGGCUUGCAUCGAGUGGAGAACAUCAGCCACACGGAGCCCGCUGUGAGCCUUCACCUGUACAGUCCGCCCUUUGACUCCUGCCAUACUUUUGAUCAAAGGACGGGACAUAAAAACAAAGUCACCAUGACAUUCCACAGCAAAUUUGGAACCAGGACUCCACUAACCACUUCAGGUUCACUGGAGAACAACUAAGGAGCAACAGACCCGCAGAGGUUUUCCGUUCAGGUGUGCUGCACGUCUGUCUUGGACAGGGAGGCCUUCCAUCGUGUGCUCUUCCGUAACUAGAUAGGCCCAUACCUAGAGCUACAGUAAAGCAGAUGCCGGUUGUCAGGCGUUAAGUAAGCACAUUCUGCUCUGAGCUGCUGCAAAAGAAAAGCCCACGCACUCACUCUUUUUCAAGGCCAAAUCAGCUGCUCGCCGGAUUCUGUCCUCUUAAUUCCUCUGAAAGUGUUCUGGGAGUAUCAGGGGUUUUUUUAUAGCUUUUGAAAACACUUUGGUCUCUGAACUGUAAUUGUCAGUAGUAAAAACAAGAAACCAUAGACAUUAAAUGCUACCCGGAGAAAUAAGUGUAGAUCUCUUUAAAAUACUUUGUUCUUAAUAUUUGAAGAAAAUUUUUUGAAUCAGUGGAUUUAUUUUUUUUCAAUCUUAUUUUACAAAUUUCUUCUCAAUGAGUAAUAGAAAAACUUAAGGCAUUUUGCCAUUUAGUAAUGAUAUGAAGAGCAAAGGAUUUAGAAAAGUACGACGUACCCAAACUCACAACAAACCCAAACAUUAACUCAUGUCUCUGUCCUAUGGUUAUAGUCAAAGACUUUGUACUGAUACCAAAAUUGCCAAAUAAUUUUAAUAAAACUGGAUUUGAACACAA